AGUUGAACUUUUUUGUUUAGAAGGAGAAGCUAGGAAGAUAUAAAGGCGGGGUGCUCUCAAGGCUGCAGCAUUGGUAAGAGUAGAUCUCACUUCUCAUUCCCCCGCCACCAUGUCUCUAGGCCUUCUGUUUUCUGCACUGGGGUUUGUGGUGCUGACUCAAGCAAUGAUUAUAAAUAAACCACAAGAAUUCAAGCAAUAUGAAGUGGUUUAUCCUCAAAAACUACAUGUCGUGCAAAAAAGAGAGAUCCAAGAAAAUCGAACAGAGCCUAAUGGCAAGGAGGAAGAAUAUGAAUUGGAAGUGCAAUAUCAAAUUAUAUUAAAUGGGGAAAAUGUGAUCUUUCAACUACACCAAAACAAUGACCUCCUGUCUCCGGACUACACAGAAACAUAUUACUUAUCUGAUGGAAAGAAGAUCACCACCAGUCCUCAGAUGAUGAAACACUGCUAUUACCAAGGUCACAUCCUGAACGAGGAGGACUCAGUUGCCAGCCUCAGCCUGUGUGAGGGAUUGAGAGGUUUCUUCAAGCACCAUAAUCAAAGGUACCUAAUAGAACCUUUGAAAGAUGGUGACCAACAGGCACAUGCUAUCUUGAAAUAUGAGGAUCUGGAUCCUGCAAACCAGACCUGUGGAUUAGAGAGCUCAGACCAGAAGCACAUCCUAACCCGGAAUAUUAGAGCAGUCUCCAGCCCCAAAAAUUUUCGUACAUCUCCAAAAUAUAUCAGCCUUCUCUUGGUCAUGGAUAAAGCUUUUUAUAAUAGGUACAAUGGAAAUCAAACGUUAAUAAGAAAUUUUCUUUUUGAAGUGAUCAACUUCCUCAAUGUGAUCUAUAACACCUUGGAUGUUCAUGUGGCCUUGGUGGGAAUGGAGAUCUGGUCAGACACCAAUAAGAUCAGAGUGGAACCAGAUAUAGGGACCACCUACAAUGCAUUCUUGAACUGGCACCGCACCUGGAAGGGAAGGAAGCAUAACCACGCUCAGCUGCUCAGUGGAAUGGGUUUCAACAACAAGCGUGUAGGGUUUACAGCCCAAAACUCCAUGUGCAAUCCAAAUUCUGUUGCAGUGAUUGAGGCUUCACGGAAAAACAGUGUGACACUAGCAGGAGUAAUGUCUCAUGAGUUGGGCCAUGUCCUUGGGAUGUCUGAUGUGAAACAUUCUACCAAAUGCCCCUCUGGGAGCUGUGUGAUGAACGAAUACCUGACAUCUAAAUUCCCAAAAGAUUUCAAUGCAAACUCCCGCAAAGAAUUUCACAAUUACCUCUCAUCUCGAAAACCAAUGUGUCUACUGCAAGCUCCAGCCCCAGAAGAUAUAAUAACCAAUCCAGUCUGUGGGAAUAAACUCCUGGAAGUAGGGGAAGACUGUGACUGUGGGAAAUCCAAGGAAUGCACAAAUUCUUGCUGCGAUGCCCAGACGUGCAAAUGGAAGCCCGGAGUCCCAUGUGAAAGAGACACUGCAAUGAGUCCAAGAUCCAACUCAAGUGAGGCCUUCUCUCAGAUUUUUUCAAACGGAAGAAGCUGCUCUGUCCCAGAAUACUUCCUAAACAUUUUGCUCGGACCUGUGUCUUUCAUUCUCUUAGUUAGAUAUGGCCAGGUCUGAAACCACAUGGCAGAAACAAGAAGCCACUAGACUUGGAAUUGCAGGAAAAAUCUGAGUUCACAUUCCACCUGAGGUUUUUGCUUAUUGUAUGACCCUGGAAAAGUAUCUUGACCGCUCCUGACCUCAGUCUUCUCAUCUGUAAAGUGAGGAUAAUCUUAGCAGCUACCUCACAGGAUUAAAGGAGAUAAUGAUGAUGAAUAUAACAAUGAUACUAAUGUUAAAUCUUUGCUCUAAAGCCGAUAUAAAUGUUAGCUCUACCUUUCUCUUUAGUUUCCAAAUUUCUGAAACAAGAUAUAAGCUCCAUGAGGAUAUGAUUUUUUUCCCCCUUUGUCCCCCCAGAACCCAAUCCAGAUAUUUGUUGAAUUGAAUUGUUGGAUUAAGGACAGGUAGUGAGUUUUAUUUAACCUUCAUUUCCCCAAGAAUGAUUUUAUAUAUUUUAGGUUCUUAAUUAAAGCACAUGCAUUUGGAAUGGACUGGAUUGUAAUGGAUGAGGACACUUUCUGUAAUUGGUGCCAUCAUCUGCCAAACCACCAAGAGUCACAAGUUUAGGGAUAAUUUUGAUUGUCACAAGUUUAGGGAUAGUUUUGAUUCUUCUUAUUCUCUCAUCUCCCAUUUUCCAAUCAUUUCCCCAGUUUUAGCAUUCUAUUCCAUUGUUUGUAUUCCUAGUACCAUCACUUUGUGCAAAUCCUUAGAUCAGUCAGUCAAGAUGAACAGUCCAGGGAUUGAGUUAAUGGUUGGGGACAAAAAAAAGGCAAGUGAUGGUUCUUGCCCUUAAGGAGCUUUUGUUCUAAUAGGGAAGCAACAUGCAAACAGCAAAUAUGAAAAUGCUAUAGACAGGAUAAAUAGGAAAUAAUCAAGAAAAAGAAGGCACAGAAUCAAAAGAGGUCAGGAAGAGCUUCCUUUGGAGGAUGGGGUUUUAGCUGAAAAUUGGAGGAAGCCUGGAGGUGGAAGUGAGGAAGAAGAAUGUUUCAGGUGUGAGCGAUAUCCUGGGCAGAUGUCCAGAACUGAGACGUGUUUAUGGAACAGCCAGGAGGACAAGGUCUCUUAAUAGAAGAGAAUACAGGAGGAAUGGAAGGAAGAAGAAGAUUGGGAAAGUGUGUUGUGUUAGAGAAAGGGUCUAGGUUAUGAAAACUUUGAACUACAAAGUCCCAUCUGGACUAAUGCUAUGGCUUCCUCACUGAUCUCCUGCCCUCUAGUCUUGGCUCCCUCCAAUCCAUCCUCUAUUUUGCUGCUAGAAUAAUUCUCCCUAAAGUAACAUCAGUUUAUGGCACUUCUUUGCUUAAAACCUUUCAAUGCUUCUCUAUUGUUGAUUGAAUAAGCUUCAAAAUCCUUAGAAUGAUGUUCAAGGCUUUCCAGAGUCAGGACUGACUUUUGGUCUCAUCAUUCUCCCUUUCAUUUUCUCAACAAUCCAGGCAAACUACUCUACUUACUCUUUCAUGGAUAUGUUGCAAAGCUUCCUGAAUUUCUGCCUUUGUCUGUCCCACUUUCUCUAUGGGAGGGAUGGAAUGUUGCUCAUCCCCUAAGGCUCAACGCAAAUGACUCACAAGUGAAACUUUCCUUGAUUAGCCUUUUAAGGUGUAAAAUUACUUUCCUUUUUGCUUUUGUGAGUUGACCUUCCAAAGGACUUUGUUUAUACUACCCCUCUGCCUCUACCACUUUCAAUUUUUAAAUGCAUUUUUGUAUACACUCAUCACCCCCAUUAAAUUGCCACCAAAAUGCACACAAUUAAACAAAUGAAUACAUUGGAAAGAAGGUGGAAUUGCACCACUUUCUCACAUUAUUCUUCCUAACUCACUCUACAUUUCAAACAUUGAUCUACUUAGUAUUUUCUGUAUUAUAUGUAUCGUUAUUAUACUUUUGCAUAAGCUGUGUCCCUUACCUGUCUACCCUUUUUCCUAAACUGCUUCUUGGAAUCUCAAUUAACUCCCUUCAAAACUCAGCUCAAGAGCUAAUUAUUCCAUGAGCCUUUUCUUAAUCCUUCCAAUUUUAAAUGACUUUGGAUAUAUUUUGAAUCAAAUCAUCUCUGUCUAUAUUGUUUUAUCACUGGGAGAAUGUAAGCUCUCUGAGGGCAGGAACCAUUUAAAAAAAAAAUUGUAUCCCUCUAGUCUAACACUGUAGCUGAUAUGUGAUAAUUACUUAAUAAAAGCAUGUUAAAAACAAUAUAAUA